GAGCGUCGUGACUCCUUUAACUCUUGUUCCUCCUUCUUUCUCAUGGUGGCUUGAGAUUCUGCCUUCUUAACUUCACACUGCUUAAGCUUUAUUUGAUGAAAACUGAUCGAACAAAUGCUCUCAACCACUUCUUCAUUGUCGAAAGUGACGAAUGCAAAGCCACGGAGCCGGCUGGGAUUUUCUUUAUCUCUUUUGAGGUCGAUAUCCAAUAUUUUUCCCUUGCCGAAUUUUUCACACAAGCCAGUGAAAUAUUCUUCCACAUCUUCCUCUGUGGCCGUGCUUGCCAACCCACCGACAAAAAUCUUUCGUGUCCUCGACUGAGCUUCGCCCUUGGGAACCGACCGUUUUGGUUCAAUUUCCCAGUUAUCCAGCUCGUGGUUUUUCACUUUCAAACAAUCAUCAACAGCUUGAGCGUUAUCGAACGUGACAAAUCCGAAUCCACGCGAAGGCCCAUUUUUGCCUUCACGCAUAAUAACACAGUCUACGAUGUUCCCCCACGCUGAAAAAUACUCCUUCAAACUUUCUUCUGUUGUUCGCCGAUUUAGACCACCGACGAAAAUUUUUCGCAGCUGCUCAGGUUCUGAAGAAGACAUGAUUUUCUUAACUUUUUCACUCUCUCCCGAUAAGUUCCAAGAAAAUGGCGGAUGGAAGUAACACUAAUUGAUGGGACCACGUGUUUAAAUUGUAACAAUCAAUCCUCCUAAUUUGGAAUUCUUUACAACAAAAACAAACAUGGCGGCUUCUGCCUUGAUUGUUCCUUUGAAGAGGAGGAAAGUGAAUGCUGAAGAAGAAUUUUGUGACGAAUUUUUGAAACUUGAAGAUGACCUUUGUAAAAAACUAUCGCCGCUUGUGUUUUCUUCUCCAAUAACGCAUGUGUAUAACCCGCUUGAAUAUGCCAGAGAAACGCAUGAAGAUUAUGUCAAGAAGUACUGCAAAGCUGGGCAAAAAGUGCUCUUUUUGGGAAUGAAUCCUGGUCCGUUUGGAAUGGCUCAGAACGGGGUACCUUUUGGAGAUACCAAACAUGUCAUAGAUUGGCUUAAAAUAAAAGGUAGUGUGGAGAAACCAGUUCGAGAGCAUCCUAAAAGACUUAUACAUGGACUUGACUGUACAAGGGCAGAAGUCAGUGGUAGCCGACUUUGGGGUUUCUUUCAAGAACACUGCAAAUCACCAGAGACAUUUUUUGCCAAUUGUUUCAUUCACAAUUAUUGCCCACUGGUGUUUAUGAAAUCAAGUGGUAAGAAUGUUACACCUCCUCAGCUGCCCAAGAAAGAGAGAGAGACUUUAUUGGAGCUCUGUGAUAAAUCUCUGGCAGAUGUUGUAAAGUUGAUGGGAGUAAAAAUUGUUGUUGGUGUUGGGAAAUUUGCAGAGGAAAGAGCUCAGAAGGCUUUAAAAGACAGUAAUGUUGAAAUCUAUUCAAUCAUGCAUCCCAGUCCAGCAAGCCCUGCUGCAAAUAGCGGUUGGAACAAUAUUGCUUUAACAAAACUCACAGACCUUGAUCUCAUGUGCUACAUCAAAAAUGAACAUUUAAAUCCAGUAUUGUCCUGAUGAUAAACCCUCUGGUUAAUAUUCACUGUAAACUAUCAUAUUUUGAUAAACUUUGAUCCAUCAGAAAGAUGAUUGGUACAACGAAUGAUGCAUUCUGUAUAUAGUUUGAAACAAUUACAAUUUUUUUACCUACUUAUCUUUCUGCCUACUUGAUUAAAAGAAGCUAAAUGUUCAUAGUAUUUUUAAUUAGUCUACAUACAUGUAAUAAGUUCAGUUGUUGUGCCUAGAAAUAGGCUACCCAACCAACAGGAUCCACCUUAACCUUUUCACUCCCAGAUCAACCAAGUAACUCUCCUUACUGUUUGCCAUACAAUUCUUGUGAAGUUAGUUUAGCAAAUUUGGCAUUAGAUCAACUAACCAUUUGCUGACUGAUGUUUUUCUUUAUUUUUAUCACUUGU